GAAUAGUUCCCGAGUUUUGUCUUGAAGACAUCCUCCUCUCAGCUACAGCGAUUAAAAUGCCACUUUAAUACGUCUUUGGUAUGUAAAAUUACUUUAUUGUACACUAAAUGAUCAUUUUGACCGGUUGGAAAAGCUUGACAAAGUAUUGUAGCGUUCAAGUAGAAAUACCAUGUUUGCCUGCAAGUCCAGAUGCAGGGUAACUUGAUACAUGGGAGGAUAGCAGAAAGUCAAUGUUUUUGUAGAAAAUGCCAGAAAGACGUCAAUGAAAGUUAACAAACUUUCGAGUGAGCGGCUGUGCGUCAGCUCACAAGAAGAAGUGUGAGGAGGGGAAAAAAAGCUGCAAUUUAUAUUGAAGUAAGUUUAUUUCCUAACAGGCACCUGGCCAACAUGGCGGCCUUGAGGAAGUUCCUCAUGCUACACCGAGUUUUCCCGCUCCGCAGCAGCCUGAGGGGAGCUUCCACCUGCGGCCCCCCGGGAAUGAGUUGCCUUCCUCGGCCGGGAGGUUCUUCCGUGCCGCGGUGCAGCAGAGCCUUCGUCCUCUCCGGCUGCGCCCUCAAACACACACAAGACCCGACUGGACCUUUUACCGACCAAGAAGAGGAUGAGGAUGAAGACUUCAUGGAGGAGCAGGAGGUGGAGGAUAUGUUCCAGCAGCUGCAGCCGGACAUAGUCGUCCCGGGAGCGGGGGGCCAUCACCGGGUGUUUGUGGUGCACCCUGACGUCAAGUGGGGGAGCAGAAAGCAACACCUGACCACAGCCGAGCUGAUGAUGGCGGAGGCGGUGGCCCUCAUCAACACGCUGGACAAGUGGACCGUAGUGGACCAGCUGGUCAUGUCCACUAAGACUCCGGAAAAGAAGAUGAUCUUCGGCAAAGGCAACUUCCAGACCCUUACAGACAGGAUCAGGAGGACGGCGGGCGUCACGGCGGUUUUUGUCAAUGUGGAGCGUCUCUCCUCGUCCUCGGAGAGGGAGUUUGAGGAGGCCUGGGGGGUGAAGGUGCUGGACAGGUACUCCGUGGUCCUCCACAUCUUCCGCUGCAACGCCAGAACCAAGGAGGCCAAGUUGCAGAUCUCUCUGGCCGAGAUCCCCCUGCUCAGGUCUCGUGUGAAGAAUGACUUCCUGAUGUUGGACCAGCAGGGCGGAGGCUCCAGAUACAUCGGAGGCUCAGGUGAGACCCAGAUGGAGAUCCAGCAGAGGCUUCUGAAAGAGCGGGAGAUGAAGAUCCGCUGUGCCCUGGACAAGCUGAAGAAGAGGAGGCACCUGCUGCGCGCCCGCAGGAGACACAAGGAGUUCCCCGUUGUGUCGGUGUUGGGCUACACCAACUGUGGUAAGACCACUCUCAUCAAGGCGCUGACGGGCGACCAGCAGCUGCAGCCCAGAGACCAGCUCUUUGCCACGCUGGACGUGACGGUCCACGCCGGUCAGCUGCCAGGCCGUGUGACUACGCUCUUUGUGGACACCAUCGGCUUCCUGUCACAGCUGCCACACCUACUCAUCGACUCCUUCUCCGCCACGCUGGAGGACAUCACACACUCGGACCUGCUGGUCCACGUCCGAGACAUCAGCCACCCUGAGACCACCAACCAGAAGGCCAACGUCCUGAACGUCUUGAAGAACCUGCAAGUCCCCGAGAGCCUCCUGAGCUCCAUGAUGGAAGUCCACAACAAGAUAGACCUGGUCCACAACUACGAGGCGACGGAGGCCGACGUCUUCCCCGUCUCCGCCCUGUGGGGGCGUGGCCUGGAGGCGCUGCGGGAGGCGGUGGAGGAGCGCGUGCUGAGAUCGACAGGGAAGCGCGUGCUAAGCCUGAAGGUGAAACUGGACACGCCUCAGCUCAGCUGGCUGUACAAGGAGGCCGUCGUGCAGGACGUGAGCGUGGACGCCGACGAGGGCUCGGCCGUGGUGGAGGUGGUCAUCAGCGCCGCCGCGUACGGACGCUACAGGAAGUGUUUUGUGGACGUGUAGCCAGGUACCACCUUUAAGGGUCACAACAUUAGGGACACUUUGAUGGAGAAGAGCGUUCUAAAAUGGAGUCACAUGACCAUUCGUCAUUUGCCACAAUCAAUAAAAAUAUCUACCAAAGUGAGAAUCUGACCGAACUGACAAUUGGUUCUAAAUCAAGUCGUCAGGAAUCGGAUCAAAUCGUUUGGUGUCCAAAGACUGAA